GAAAUGCAGAAGUCCUUGUUCAGUAUGGUUGAAAUGUCAACAUAAAUACCGCUGCUUGUCUUUUCACAACAUAGCCACCAUUCGUGGGUGCGUCACUCUUUUACUUUAUCUUCACUUACUCGUCCUCAGGAAGGACAACCUUUACAUUACUCUUCAACAUGUACUCUCUGCUCCCCCUCUUACUUUCUUUGCCGCUUGCCUCUGCGUUUUGGCAGCCAGAGUCCGGGACGCGUUGGCAAAUCGUCCUCUCCCAACCGCUCACAGUGAAUUCCAACCCCGUCGUGCCUGAUGUGCCUGUCUAUGACAUUGACAUGUUCAUCAACUCCGCGGAGACCAUAGGCAAACUUCAUGAGCAGGGCAAGAAGGUCAUCUGCUACUUCAGUGCUGGCACAUUCGAACCAUACGUGCCAGAUGCAGCUGAUUUCAACCCUGAAGAUAUGGGUGAUAUUCUGGAUGACUGGCCAGAUGAGAGGUGGUUAAACGUUGGCAGUAGCAACGUGAGGGAUAUCAUGGUGAAGCGCAUUGUCAUCGCCAAGGAGAAAGGGUGUGAUGCGAUCGACCCGGAUAACAUGGAUGGCUAUGAGGCCGAUGGUGGUGGUAUUGGCCUCAAGAAGAAAGAUUCGAUCGAUUACUUCAAGUUCCUGGCGACCGAGGCUGCGAAGCUAGACUUGAGCAUCGGACUCAAGAACUCCAUAGGCAUGAUUGACGAUGUCCUCCCCUCCGCUCAAUUCGCCGUCAAUGAGCAGUGCUCCGAGUGGGACGAAUGCGGCGAUUACUCUCCCUUCGUCGAUGCCAAGAAGCCAGUUUUCCAUAUCGAAUAUCCCAACGAGAGCUCAAGUAGAGCGUCGGGGCGCAGUUCUGGAUUGACUUGCGAUGGGGAAGGUCUCAGCACAGUCUUGAAAAAUAUGGACUUGGAUGGCUGGGUACAGUACUGUGAUGGCUAUGGGACAAUCACAUCUUGAAUGACGUGUUCAUAAGCAUUGCUUGUUAAAUAUGGUUUAGAUCAUGCUUUUGUCGCGUCUGGUGUCUCUGGUCAGCAUGGGCUGUGCGUUGAUACACAUAGAGUGCUCAGGAAGCAACUCGAAUGUUUUGUAUAUGAAUAUAUUCUUUC